UCGACGUGAACCGUUCUUUAUCAAAACCCCUAAUUGAAUAAACAAACAAACAAAUACUAUAUCUAUUUCUAAUCCUAAAUCUCAAAAGCAAAACACAUUUCGAGAUCAGAUCUCCGCCGCAUCCAAUGGCCACUCCGGCGGUCUAUUUCACCUUGCUUGCAUUUCUCAUAACCACCACCGCCGCAUACACUAAUUACACCGUCGGUGGGCCCGCCGGUUGGUUUUUUGACCCUACUGCCAAUACCUCAUCAGCUAAUUACCAAUCUUGGUCGGCCAACAAAACAUUUAAUCUUGGCGACUACUUAAUAUUUAACACCAACACGAACCAAACGGUGAUCUUAACCUACAACGAGACGACGUUUAAGAGUUGUAGCAUUGAUAAUUCUUCGGAUAGUGAUACGUUUUACUUCGGCCAAGAUAACACGGUGUUCAAGCCGUAUACCGUGGCUGUUCCGUUGACCAUCGUGGGACCAAACUACUUUUUUUCGGAUGCUUUUGAUGGAAUUCAAUGCGAACAGGGGAUGGCGUUUGGGGUUAAUGUGAGUCAAGGGGUUGGGCUUCCACCGAAUCUCAACCAGCCACCGCCGCCACCAUAUGUUGAGGCACCAUCUAAUGGUGUCGGAUCUCUUAGGCCACCGGUGACCGAUAGCCAGCCGAGUGAUGGUGGGUUGAGUGUCGGUGAUAAUGUGCGGGUAGUGGUGUGUUUUGGACUCGCAUUGUUUGGAUCUUUGGUUUAUUUUGACUUUUGAAUGUGAAAAGAAGUCUAGAAAGGAGAUACAGAUUGUAUUUGUUUGUAAUUUAAUGGGCCAUUUUGAUAUUUUUGUUUUCA